CCCGGAACGGGAAGCAAAGGGCCAAAAAGCGAAAGUAACGGCGAUGGAGCUCCCGAGCCCUCCCACUUGAGAGCCUUUUUCCGCUUCGCGCCUUUCUUUUUCUUUUUCUUCCGAAAUUGCGCCUUCCGUUUUCGCGGAAGAAGAAGGAGCGCGAUGGCCAAGAGUGUCCGCUGCUGCCUGGCAGAAGCCCUAGAGGACCUGACCGACGGAGAGUUGGAGAAGUUCAAGGCAAACCUUAACGAGUACCCGGUCAAGGAAGGCUUCAGCAACAUCCCCCGAGGACCCCUGCAGAAGGCGGGCCCGCUCAAACUCAGCGACCUCCUGGUCAACUAUUACUGCGAGGAUUACGCCGUGGAAGUGGCCGCCAAGGUGCUGUCGGACAGCAACUGCAAACCCCAAGCUCAGAGGCUUCUCAGGGCCACCGGGAAAGAUGCCUGCAGUUCUGUUCGGGAACCUGCAUCCCAGAUCAGCACUCCCUCAAGACAACCGGAAGUUCAGGCCCCAAGAAUGCAUUUUAUUGAACGCCAUCGGAGUGCCCUGAUUCAGAGAACAACCACGGUGGAAGAAAUUCUGGACCAGCUAUAUGGAGUUAUUCUGAAUGAUGAGGAAUAUGAAAAUAUCAGGAUAAAGAAAACAUCCCAGGAAAAAAUGAGGGAGCUCUUUAACCUGCUGCCUGGUUGGGAUCAGCAUUGCAAGGAUUUUCUCUACAAAGUUCUGAAGGAGAAAAGAAGGCCUCUUAUUGAAGAUCUUGAAAGGCAGGGGCCAUAGAAGUGAAAUACCACCUCAGGGCAUAAAAUAUCCAGCUACACAUAUAUCACAGGAAUCCCACAGACAGAUACAUACAGGUAUAGAUUACAUACAGGUAGUCUUAUGCCCACUUAACGUCCCGAUUGAGCCAAAAAUUGAUGUUGCUAAGUGAGAAAUUGGUUAAGUGAGUUUUGCCCCCAUUUUACAGCUUUUCUUGCCACAUUUCUUAAGUAAAUCAUUACUGUUGUUAGUAACCCAGUUGUUAAGUGAAUUUGGCUUUCCCCAUUGAUUUUGCUUGUAAGAAGGUCGCAAAAGGGGAUCAGACCCCAGGACAAUGCAUCUGUCAUAAAUGUGGAUUCAUUGUCAAGCAUCCAAAUGUAAAUCACAUGACCAUGAGGAUGCUGUAAAAGUCAUAAAUGUGAAAAACUGUCAUAAGUCACUUUUUUCAGUGCCGUUGAAACUAGAUGAACUGUUAUAAGUCAAGGACUACCUAUAGUAUCUUUGAACUGAGUAGCUCUAUUUACAAUUGUCCUGGUUACUAAAUUGUUCUAUUUUCUUGAGUUGACAAAAUAGGAACCCUGUUUCCCCGAAAAUAAGACCCAACCGGAAAAUAAGUCCUAGCACGAUUUUUCAGAAUACUUGUAAUAUAAGCCCUACCUCCAAAAUAAGCCCCAGUUAAGAUUGUCAGCCAGAUGGAUGCAUUUAGUACUGUAUUUCCCCCAAAAUAGGACCUAACCAGAAAAUAAGCCCUAAUCUUUGGAGCAAAAAUUAAUAUAAGACCCAGUCUUAUUUUUGGGUAAACACUGUAGUCCUUGACUUACAACUACAACUGAGCCCAAAAUUUCUGCUGCUAAGCAAGGCAGUUAUUAAGCAGAUUAUCCCCCCAUUUUAUGGUCUUUUUGCCACAAUUAAGUAAAUCACUGCAGUUGUUAAGUGAGAUUUCCCCAUUUCUUUCUGGGGAGCAUUUCCACUGUAAUAACAGAGUUGUAAGGGACCAUGGAGGUCUUCUAGUCCAAUCCCAUGCUCAAGCAGGAGAUCCUAUACCAUUUCAAGCAAAUCGCUGUCCUAUCUCUUCUUAAAAACCUCCAGUGAUGAAGCGCCCACAACUUUUGAAGGCAAGUUGUUCCAUUGGUUAAUUGUUCUCAUUGUCAGGAAAUUUUUGCUUAAUUCUAGGUAGGUUCUCUCCUUGAUUAAUUUCCAUGUGUUGUUUCUUGUCUUGCCUUCUGGUGCUUUGGAAAAUACCGGUAGAUUGAUUCCUUCUUCACAUUCUCAUUCGUCUUGCAUACGCAUAAUUUUUGAUUGCAUUCCAAAUGAAACUGCUUUUUAUCCAAAUAGAUUUAAACAUUUAUGCAACAACAACAAGUGUUGUCUAGAUGUUAUAGACUGCAAUUCCACCCCACCCCCAACCCCUGGUCACUUGUAAUGCUUGCCAAUGUAAUGGGGAUUCACAGGUGGGGCCCACCAAACUACCUAUCUCUUCUUUCAAAUAAUUAGUUCUAGCUUCCAUUGGGAGACCAGAGGUAGGGAAGCUGUGGAGCAGUGUUUCUCAAUCUUGGCAAAUUUGUCUGGACUUCAAUUCCAAGAGUUCCCCACCCACUAGGCAACUAAAGUCCAUAUAUCAUGGCUGAGAUUGAGAAACACGGCUGUAGAGAGCAAACAAGAUGAUUCUGAUAGAGAUAUGCAGAAUCUAUUGCCUAGUCUAAAGUAGCUAACGUGUUUUUAAGUCUAGAACGUCCAGAUAAACAUUUCAGAAGUAUCUCAGACAAAUGCCUUCUUAAUUCACUAAACUCUAAGAAGGAGGUGUCUAUGGAGAUUCUCAAUCUUCCAGGUCAUGGUUGUCCCAAAAAAGCUUUUUCAACAAACAAACAAAAAAAAAAAACAAUUGGCCUUUCUUGUUGUUGUUUUCCUUUGAAAAUGUUUCACUUCUCAUUCAAGGUACUUGAACUGAAGAAGCUUUUAAAUGAGAAGUGAAACCUUUUCAAAGGAGAGGGAGAAAAAACAAGAAAGGCCAGUUGCCUUUUGGAAAAAGCUUCUUUGAAUCGAAGGAGGAGGAGGUACAGAAUAGCAUAAUCAGACUUUCAAGAUUUUGUUAUUAUAGUCAAUCUCAAAGUAGUUUUAGCCUUCGUGGGGAUUGAUUUCUUGGUGUGGUCUACCUGAUGGGGCUGAUAAAAGCUAAUGAAAUAGUUAUCUAAAUGUUCCUUUUACUGGCAGCUCCAAAGGUAAUCCAUUAUUUCUUAAUUAGAAAAUUUAUGUAACAAUAGGAAUAGAAUUUAGACUUACAUAUACCUCUUCACAGUGCUUUAUAUAUAGCUGCCUACUCACUCACAAUGACUCUAGGCAGUUUACAAACAAUAAACACAGUAAUCCAUGUUAUUCCUGAUAUGGUAUGAGUAUCAUAUGUAAUUAUGAUUUAUGAUCUAUGACUUGAUUGAGACCUUAUGCACCGGAGACAAAUUCUUUGUGUGUCCAAUCAUACUUGGCCAAGAAAGAAUUCUUCUCUUCUCUUCUCUUCUCUUCUCUUCUCUUCUCUUCUCUUCUCUUCUCUUCUCUUCUCUUCUCUUCUCUUCACUUCACUUCACUUCACUUCACUUCCCUCCUCUCUCCUCUCCUCCCGUCCCUCUCCUUCUCUUUUCCUCUUCUUUUCUCUCCUCCCCUCUUCUCCUCUCCUCUCCUCUCUUCUCUAUUUUAUUCCAUUCUGUAUACAAAAUGUCUAAUAUUUUUAAAAUCAAGAUAGUUCCAGUGCAAUUCUAAAACAGGCGGAAGGAAGAAAAGUUAGAAAAAAGCAAACUGAAAUAUCAAUUCCUAAAGUUACCAGUUCUUAUAUGUUAGGGAGGAAUGAAAAAUGCAAUCCAUCUUGUCACAAGCAGCCAAUAUAGAGGAAAGCACAACCAAAUGACUGUAAGUGUCAAUGGAGUAGCAGGCAGACUUUCUUUGAUCCUGAUCUCUGCCUUCACAUUCUCAUCCUUGCCUUUUUAUCAGACAAUCUUGUCCAAAAUCCCAAUUCACACACAAUUGUAUCAUUACAGAAUAAAGCAUCUUCUAAUCGUGUGCUACUUUGUAAUUUAAUAAAAACAGAAUGAGAUUAAAACAAGAUUGCAAGUAAAGGAAA